GAUUAUACAUUCUUUAUAUGAUUAUUCUUCUAUUUUGUUCAGGACAACAGGAUAAGUCCUUAAGAAUAGUCCUUGUUGGAAAAACAGGUGUGGGGAAGAGUGCCACAGGAAACAGUAUACUCUGUAAAGAUGCCUUUAAAAAGGAAGCCUCUUCCAGGUCAGUGACCAAAGUCUGCCUGAAAGCCUCUAAUGUUGUUGAUGGGAAGAAUGUAGAAGUGGUGGACACUCCUGGAUGGUGUGAUACAGACCUGUCUGAAGCAGAAAUUGUUGAGGAGGCCGUCAAGUGCAUCGACAUGUCCUCUCCAGGACCACAUGUGUUCCUGCUGGUCAUGACAAUUGGUCGCUUCACAGAUGAAGAAAAGAAAACUGUGAAGAAGAUUCAGGAGGUUUUUGGGGAAGGAGCGUCCAAGUACAUGAUUGUUCUCUUUACAAGAGGAGACGACCUGGAAGGUCAACCUAUAUUUGACUACCUAAAGGAUGCUGAUAACGAUUUAAAGAACAUCAUCUUUAGAUCGUGUGAGGGCCGUUACCAUGUGUUCAACAAUCGAGAGAAAAACUCUCGCCAAGUGUCUGAACUUCUACAGAAGAUCCAAGACAUGGUCACAGAGAACGGAGGUGGAUGUUACACCAACGUAACGUAUCAGCUGUUGGAGGACUACAAGAAAAAAGAGGCUGAAAUGCAAAAUAAGAUUCAAGCUCUUGAGAAGGAGCUGAAGCUCAGAAUAUCAGAACUGGGUAAAAAAGAAAAACUCAUACAGCAAGAGCGAGAGGAACAACAGCAAAAAGAGGCAGAACUGAAGGAGCACAUUGUAAAAUCUGAGCUUAAAAGAGUUGUCGAAGGGGCUGCACUAGUAGGAAUGAUGGAGCAUAUGGCGAUUGAGGAUCAGAAGAGACAGCAAGAAGCUCAGUGUCAUAGAUUACUAUUAGAACAGCAGAGACGAGAACUGCGUCAACAGAGAAUGCAGGACGAGAUGCGAGUUCGAGUAUUAAGACAACAUCAAGCAGAUGCACAGCGUCAGAUGCAACAAACAGAGAGAGAGAAGAAAGAUCACUUAAAGAAGUCUGUCAAGAAGGACUCCGAUUGUUGUGUCUCAUAA